GUCAUGCAGGCAAUAGACUCUCAUCUUAUUUGCCAUGCAAGCUUGCCGUUUCCAUAUCUCUUCGCCAUUUGUGGAAAACGCCUCUUUAUCUUCCCCUCUUUCCCCACUCUCCCCAUAUUUAGCAACUUACCCCAUUCUCCCAACAGGGGUUUUCACCUCUUUUUCUAUUUUUUUUUCUCAUAUAAAUACCAAAAAUUUCUAAUCUUUUGUGAAAAAGAUCCGAACUUGGCUUCUGGGUUUUGUUUCUUGAUCGAUUUGGCCAUCUGGGUCUUGUUUCUUUUUUGAUUUGGGGAUCCGGGUUGUGUUUCUUGAUCAGUUUUGUGAUCUGGGUUGUGGGUGUUUUUUGAUUUUGUUAGUUAAAGAUGGGUAGGGGAAAAAUUGAGAUCAAGAAAAUUGAGAAUGUGAGUACUAGACAGGUGACUUUUUCCAAGAGGCGUGCUGGGUUGUUGAAGAAAGCUCAUGAACUCUCUGUGUUGUGUGAUGCUGAAGUUGGGAUUAUUGUGUUUUCGAAUACCGGUCGGCUUUACGAGUUUUCGAGUUCGAGCAUGAGGGGAAUUAUCGAUCGCUACGAUAGGGCGACUGAACCAUCGACAUCACUAAUCCAAGCUGAGAUGAGUCAAGAACAAGCCGAGCUAGAACACUUGAGAAAUGAAGUAACGAGGCUCAGAAAUGAAAACUCGCGGCUUAUGGGCAACAACCUUGGCGGUGCAAGCGUUCAGCAACUGCACCAACUAGAGAAACAACUAACUGAUGGCUUAGUUUUAAUCAAAGAAAAGAAGGAUGCUAUGCUGUUUGAGGAGAUUGAACGUUCAAAUCGCAAGGAACGAGAACUUGCAUAUGAAAACGAUGUUCUUCGAGGAGAGAUGGAAAACUUAAAGCGCUUCAUACCGUUGACUCGACAACCUGGUCAACUUGGUUUCGUAGAGUACACUCCUCCUGCUGUUCCAACUAGCAGUGCUGCCCACUCGAAGCAUGACCGGGUUAGCCCGGAUACCGUAUGCUACUAUGGAUCCGAUAACACCGAUUCAGAAACAGCACUUCAGUUGAGGCUACCUUGCGGUGACCAUUCGAGAAAGAAGGAGGCAACGGUGUUGCCAAAGAGGGAUACUAAUUCAAGUAGUUGUGGAAGUGAUGAGAUGGAACAAUGAUCAUUAGACCUUUUGGGGAUUGAUGGAUUCAUGUUGGAAGCUUUGUCAAGAGCAGGAUUUCUUUCAUUAUCAUUCUGACAUUCAUUUUUGAACCAUAUGAACCAUAUUUGAACAAGGUUUUUGAUGGACUAUGUUUAGUUUUCAAUUUUAUCGUUUGUUUAAAAGGCUUUUAGUUAGUGAAUUA